GUCUGCUUACACCCUGAGUUCCAGUCUUUGAGAAAGCAAAAUCGCCUUUAACAGUCUCUAUAGUGCGAUGUUCUUUCAAGUUCCUUACCCACCAAAGUGGGCUUUUUUCGCUUACGCAUGGAUAGUGUCGCUACUGACGUGGUGGGAUCACCCAUCUGAUUCCUUCUACAACACGGAAGUUUUGCUGGAGCAAUACGAUUUCAUUGUUGUUGGCGGAGGAUCAGCAGGAAACGUUGUGGCCAAUAGGCUUAGCGCCAUACCAGAAGUACAGGUCUUAUUGGUUGAGGCUGGAGGCGCCCCAACUGCAGGCACGGAAGUGCCAUCUUUCUUUUUUCUCCACAACGGCUACCCUUAUGACUGGAACUACAAGACAGUCCCCCAAAAGGAUGCAUGUCUAGGCCUUGAGGAGAACAGGAGCAAAUGGACACGGGGAAAAGCUCUAGGGGGUACAAGCGUCGUGAACGCCAUGGUCUACGUUCGGGGAAAUAAACGAGAUUACGACCAAUGGGCCGAGAACGGUGCUGCUGGAUGGUCAUACGAAGACGUCCUACCAUAUUUCAAGAGUAUCGAAAAGUUCAACAUCCCUGAGUACGCCGCAAAUGGUUAUCAUGGCAACGAAGGGGAAUUAUCCAUUGGUCACUCGUCUAUGCAUUCACUCUCGUCCGACGCUUUCUUGGAAGGUUGCCGUCAGCUUGGUUACGAAUAUGUAGAUUACAACGGGCCUUCUCAGACAGGCUGUUCUAGAAGUCAGUUCAAUCUCCAUGAUGGAAGGCGAGUGAGUUCAGCAAAGGCGUUUAUUCUCCCAGUACUCAAACAGCGUGCUAACCUCCACGUUGCUCUGAAUAGUGUCGCUACCAAGAUCCAGUUUGAAAAUCAGAGAGCUGUCGGUGUUCAUUUUGAGAAGGACGGGAUUUCGCACUACAUCCGGGCAAGCAGGGAAGUAAUUCUGUCAGCAGGUGCAAUCGGGUCCCCACAGUUGCUCAUGCUGUCGGGAGUCGGCCCUAGAGAUCACCUUAGGCAACAUAAGAUUGAAGUAAUUGCAGACCUUCCUGUUGGGCAAAACCUCCAGGACCACAUAUUCAUCGGCGGGAUAACGGCUACAAUCGAAAAAGAGGCAUCCCUGCAGACCCGAACUCUGUCAGCUUUAGUGGACUACCUCUUACACGGAACGGGUCCUAUGUCGGUGCCGGCUGGGAUCGAGGCAGUUGCGUUUAUGAGCACUCCUUUCGUUAACGAGAGCCUCGAUUUUCCUGACGUCGAGCUUAUUUACGUUGGAGGGUCUUACGCAAGCGAAGAAUCGGAAACAUUCUUGCGAGACUUGGGAUAUAAAAAGGAAGUGUACGACAAGUAUUUACUACCACAUAGAGGAAAGCCCGCGUUUGAAAUUCAACCGGUCUUGAAUAGACUAAAAUCAAUAGGACACAUUACAUUGAAGUCUGACAACCCACAUGAUCAUCCGCUCCUUGAUCCGAAAUAUUUCUCACACCCCGAAGAUAUCAAGGUGGCGGUCGAAGCCGCAAAGCUGGCGUUAAAGGUGAUUGACAGCAAAGCCAUGAAGGCUCUGGGGGCAAAGCGGUGGAACAUUGCAUUGCCCGGAUGUGAAGACAAAGUCCUUUGGAGUGACGAGUACUUGGAGUGCCUUGCGCGCCAUCUGACCCACACAACGUGGCAUUUCUGUUGCACUUGUGCCAUGGGAGCGAAUGACAGUGCCGUCGUCGAUCCCAGGUUGAGGGUUCGAGGAGGAAUACGCAACCUACGUGUAAUUGAUGCCUCCAUCAUGCCCUACAUAGUCAGUGCGAAUCUGAACGCACCAGCGCACAUGAUAGGAGCCAAAGGCGCCGACAUGAUUCUUGAAGACCAUGGCUUUCCUGCUGCUAUCAAGACCGCCAGCCUGCAAGAAUCUGGUGUCGGAGGCGCUCCCCUUCUUUGGAUCCAGGACUUCCUCAGUGACCGCUUCUUGUUUGUUCGGACUAGUGAGGGGGACACUGACCCCCACCCUCUCCGUUCUUGUGUGAACAAUAAUCGAUUCUACAGGAAAAUUCCAAUGAUUUUUCAACUUCCCGAAGCCCCCAAAUGGGCUCUGUUCGCUUUUGCAUAUAUGUUGUCUUUACUCUGUGGAUGGACGCCUCCGUCAAGUUCUUACUUCAACACGGACAACCUACAUGACGCUUACGAUUUUAUUGUUGUGGGUGGAGGAUCAGCCGGCAGCAUCGUCGCUAACAGGCUCAGCGCAAAUCCAGACUUCAAAGUCUUGCUCAUUGAAGCUGGUGGAGCACCGAGCGCAGGCACUGAAAUUCCAUCGUAUUUCGGCCUACACAACGACUGUCCAUUCGAGUGGCAGUUCAAAACAGUACCGCAGAAGAACGCCUGCCUCGCCCUCGAAGGACAGAGGAGCAAAUGGACAAGAGGAAAGGUGCUGGGAGGGACGAGCGUCAUCAACAGCAUGAUGUACGUUCGAGGAAAUAGAAGGGACUACGACCAGUGGGCUGAGAACGGGGCGACGGGAUGGUCUUACGAGGAGGUUCUGCCUUAUUUUAAGAGUAUAGAGACAUUCCAAAUUCCCGAUUACGCCACUAACGGUUACCACGGCGACAGAGGCGAGCUGCCCAUUACAUACUCAGCAAUGCAUUCUUUGUCGAGCGACGCCUUUCUAAAAGGGUGCAGUGAGUUAGGGUACAGUUACGUGGAUUACAACGGCCCUUCACAGACAGGACAUUCUCGAGUGCAAUUUAACAUACAAAAUGGUCUGCGGGUCAACGCAGCGAAAGCCUUCAUUCAGCCAAUAAUUAAAGAGCGUCCCAACCUGCAUAUCGUUUUAGAUGGCGUGGCGACAAAGAUCGAGUUUAAAGAUAAGCAUGCCGUCGGUGUGCACUUUGAGAAAAAUGGGGCAAAGCAUUACGUCCGUGCAGAGAAGGAAGUGAUCCUGUCAGCAGGAUCCAUUGGAUCACCUCACUUGCUGAUGCUGUCGGGUGUGGGUCCCAAGGAGCAUCUUCAAGAACACAAGAUCAAAGUGGUAGCGGACCUUCCCGUUGGCCAAAACCUUCAAGACCACAUUUUUGUCGGCGGUAUAGCUGGCACUAUGGAAGAGGGCGCAACCCUUCCACCACGCUCCUUGUCUUCCUUCUUGAGUUACCUCUUGCACGGCAAUGGUCCGAUGGCGAUACCGGGAGGAAUUGAGGCCCUCGCCUUCAUGAGCACUUCAUUCGUGAAUGCGAGCCUUGAUUUCCCGGACGUCGAACUUAUCUACAUCGCAAGUUCCCUCGCCAGCUCUAGCUCCGAGUCUUACCUAAGGGACAUGGGCCUGAAGCAAGAGGUGUUUAACAAAUACUUCUUGCCUAAGAGAGGGGAAACAAGUUUCUAUAUCGGCACUCUCUUAAACCGACUGAAGUCCACUGGUGAAAUUCGGCUAAACAGCACGGACCCUCAUGAUCAUCCACUCCUCGAUCCCAAGUACUACUCUCACCCAGAAGAUAUACAGGUCGCUGUCGAAUCCGCGAAGAAAGCGUUGGCAGUAAUGGACACGAAAGCUAUGAAGUCAGUGGGAACAAAGAGAUGGAAUAUUCCUCUUCCUGGAUGCGAGGACAAAGAACUUUGGAGCGACGCGUACCUGGACUGUCUCGCUCGACAUCUGACAUUCACUUCUUGGCAUUUCUGUUGUACGUGUGCAAUGGGGGAAGAUAAGAGCUCUGUUGUAGACCCUAGACUGAGAGUCCGUGGAGGCUUGAAAAACUUGCGGGUCAUCGAUGCAUCUAUAAUGCCCUUUAUAGUAACGGGAAACCUCAAUGCUCCUGCCCACAUGAUCGGUGCAAAGGGGGCAGCUAUGAUACUUGAAGACCAUGGGUUCUCGCAUAAAAAGUUUGAAGUUUGAUGCUUCUAGGUGUUCGAUACAAGAUAUGGAGUUUCGCAAGGUCAAUAAAGUGCAAUCCAGUGCGGGCACUGACUGUGCUUACGAACUUUCA